GAAACGAAAAAGUAGGGAAUAAAGAGUUGCGGGACAACGACGUGAGAAAAGCAGUGAUUUGAACCUGAACGUCACAUGGGCUUCAGUUGUCUUUGACUGUCUGUACUGGCCAUGCUCUUUUUAAUUGCUUAAAAUCCGGUUUUUUCUACUGCAUCAAAUGUCUUUCAAUCAUUUCAUCUUGGAUAUAGGUGGUUACCAACUGGAUGCUUUUGGGAAAAUAAAAUAAAAUGGUAGGGUGGGCAGUAUUUGCUGUGACUACUUCUUCAUUGCGGUGUCCAGCCUUCCGUCGCUUCCAGUUUUUUUAAAAAAAUACAACUUUGCAUCAUGCCCAUAACCAAUUCACGAGUGAUCCCACUGACAUGCUCUGGCCACACGCGGCCAGUGGUGGAUCUUCAGUUUUCAUCUAUGGACAGUGAAGGAAAUUACCUUCUCAUCUCCGCAUGCAAAGACGGAAAUCCAAUGCUCAGAGACGGAAAGACAGGCGAUUGGAUUGGCACGUUCCUUGGCCAUAAAGGAGCGGUGUGGUCGGCACGAUUGAAUCAAAAAGCUGAUAGAGCGGUUACGGGGUCUGCGGAUUUCUCAGCACGUAUCUGGGACACAUUUACGGGAGACGAAUUGUUUAAAUUUGACCAUCAACAUAUUGUUCGAGCAUGUGACUUCAGUCAAGAUGGCAGUCGAGUUUUAACUGGAGGACAAGAAAAGAAAUUAAGAGUAUUUGAUUUGAACCAACCCGAGAGUGCGCCAUUGGAAGCCACUGGACAUGAAGGCGCCAUCAAAAGCGUGGCAUGGGAUGAUGAUCGCCAAACGAUCUUCAGUGCCGGCGACGACAAAACCAUACGUGUGUGGGAUGUCCGAAGUAUGGAGCAGGUGCAGCAACUUGAUCACGGCGCAAGCGUUACCAGCAUGGUUCAAAGUGCCGACGGUCACUAUCUAACUUCUACGGCCGGCGCUGAAGCGUUUUUUUGGGAUACCCGAGCAGGUUAUGCUCUUGCCAAGCAGCACACAUUAGAACACAACGCAUCCUCUAUAUCUCUACAUCCUAAUCAAACCAAGUUCAUAGCAGGCAGCGACACGGAUCUUUGGGUGCGCAUCUAUGAUUUCACCAGUGGAGAGGAGCUAGAGGUUUAUAAGGGCCAUCAUGGGCCAAUUUGGACGGUUAGUUACAGCCCAGACGGUGAGCUGUAUGCAACUGGCUCCGAAGACGGAACGAUUCGUUUAUGGAAAACGAAUCCCACUAAGCCUUAUGGUUUAUGGCAAUCGUGUCCUGAAUGAAAAAAUCUUUCAACAGAUCACUACAUAGGA